AUGAACGCAAAGUGGACAGCGGAGGAGACUGAGCAACCAAUUCAAGAAAUGGAGUCAAGGGAAGGAACCUGGAAUUUCCUUUCCGCCGAUUAUCGCGAUAGGAAUUUGCGUGAGGCUCAGUGGCAUGAAGUGGCAGAAACACUAAAUAUGCCACGAGCCGAAGUAUCAGCCAAGUGGAACAGCCUUCGUUGUUCUUUUCGCGCGGCCUUCAACCGAAGGGCUCAUACAAAAAGUGGACAAGGUGCUGGAAGAACGCCUACCAUGAACCCACUCUACAAUUCGCUAAAGUUCCUCGAGCCUACAUUAAAUGUUGAAGCGAGCACCACUUCAAAUUUAAUAAAUGACAGCUCGUCGACCCUGACCACUCCAACAAUAUUGUUUGAGUCGGAAAUGGUAUCUGGCGAUAUACCACCAACGCCAUCUACAUAA